AUGGCGGGAGCGAACUUCCUCUCCACCGCGCCGCUUGUCGCCCACGGCGUCGCUGCCAGCUCUUCCAUUUGGACUCCGACGCGGAGGUACCCGCACAUUCGAGUGUGCUGCCGGGCUGACGCUGAGGGCUCGGAGGCUGCUGCUCAUAAAGAGCGUCUGCAAUUCCGUCGGAGACAAUUCAUUGGCACCUGCAUCGGGACCGCCAUUGGUUUGGAAAUGAUCGACGGCUCUACGAGAUUCUCUGGAGUGGCUACUGCAGCUGAUCUCAUAGAGCGUAGACAACGGUCUGAGUUCCAAUCAAAAAUCAAAGACACCCUCUACGUAACCAUAAAGGCCAAGCCAGAGCUCGUUCCAUCUUUGUUGACCUUGGCAUUGAAUGAUGCCAUCACAUAUGACAAGGCCACAAAAACUGGAGGUGCAAAUGGGUCUAUCAGGCUAGCACAAUCAGCACUGAAGAGAUCGUUUCUUGACGCUGCCAUUGCCAAAUGUGGUGGAAAUGAAGAGAAGGAAGAACCCUAUACUCUGCAUAUGUGGGGUCUGUUCGAUAAAACAUUCGGGAGAGCAGACACAGAAGAAGCAGAUCCAGAGGGACGAGUGCCUGAGUGGAGCAAAGCUUCUGUGCAGGAGAUGAAGGAUAGGUUCGUCGCUGUUGGGUUGGGUCCUCGCCAGCUUGCUGUUAUGUCAGCGUUCCUUGGACCUGACCAGGCUGCUACCGAGGAACGACUGAUAGCUGAUCCGGAUUGCCGUCCAUGGGUAGAGAAGUACCAGCGGAGCCGCGAGACUGUCUCCCGGACUGACUAUGAAGUAGACCUGAUAACCACACUCACAAAACUGAGCUCCCUUGGCCAGAAGAUAAACUAUGAAGCCUACACAUACCCUAAGCAAAAGAUUGACCUGGGCAAAUUGAAACUGUAA